AUGCCAAGUACUCCAACUAAGCAGAAUACAAAACGAGAUGCGACUACUCCAAUUGUUAAUAAAGAUGAUAUAAAGCAGCCUACGAAAAUAGCAAAUGUUACAAAAACAAAAAAGCAUAAAAAGUACCAUUUUGCACCAGUAAAUAAUUUUGUCCCGGGAGGACGGACUCCAGAGAACACUGUCUUGAAGUCAAUAUCUGUAUCACAAAUUAGGAACACAGCACAUCAUGAGAUAUCUACUUCGAACAACAACAAAUUACAACCACCAUUAAACAUUAAACCAGGUGAAGUAAAGUUGAAUACUACGCCAGUUAAAAUGCAUAGGCCUGUUAAAAAUUUGGAGAAGCAAAGAGAAGCGGAGGAAUUUUUACCAACGCAGGAAGUUGUGUGGAGAUAUUCUCCUUCAAAACAACCUGAAAAAUCAGUAACAUCUUCUAGUCCAGAAAAGUGUUAUAGACAUUCAUUUACUAGCAGCGAUAGAAAGGAAAUUGAAUCGACACCAAUAGCACCCAGUAGGUUGCAAAGUAUCUUAAACUUCAAACAUAUCGAGGUUGAAGAGAAAAAGGAAUACCAACAACAAAGCAUCAAAAAAGAUAGUCAUAAAGAUAUUGUAGAUUCUACUAACGUUAAAACGACUUCAAACUUACUUAGAGAUAUAGAUGAUAUACUUGAUGAUUUGGGGUCACUUAAUACAUUAAAUCCCAGCUUCCCGAACAUGAAUGAGAUCCCAUCGUCACCUACUGAUAGAAAAUUUAAGAAGGAGGCAAAUGGAACAAAAGACAGAUUGGCAACCGAUGUUUCAAAUAAAAACUUGAAUGAUAAUACGAAAAAUGACACAGUCAGUCACAAAGAUAUUCUUAAUAUUUCUAACAAAAGUAAGGCACAAACUACAAAUUCAAAGACAGCUAUUCAAAAAAAUAAUCAAAAUGCUCAAGAUCUUAAUAAUAAAGAUAAUUUCAACAAUAUAGUAAACUUUGAAGAUGAUGAGGAAGAUGAUGAUUUAGACUCACUCAUUGAGAUAUUAACUCAAAAGCUGCCUGUGGAAAAGCUACCAAUAUCAGAUACACAAAGUGAUAAUACAAAUACAACUAAUAAUAAGCAUACUGAUUCUGGAAACAACGAUUUUUUAUUAGAAUAUUUAGAUAGUAGCGAUGAUGAAGUAUCAAAUACGAACAACCAAACUUCAACGUCAAAUAACCGAAAUGAAGACGAAAUGUCUCCAAAACCUAUUGAUGACGAAUCCAAACGACAUAUGUAUAUGGAAAGAGCUAAAUGUGCAGUAAUUAAGGAUGGAAUAAGUCGGUUAGUUAUUACUAACGUACAUGAAGUACAAGUGCCAAAAAUAGGAAGGCAAAAAAUAUUAAAGUCUAUUAAUUCUUCCGGUGAAUUAACCUCUGUCAUACUACGACAUCCGUGGGUAUACCUGGAUGUAGAGGAUGGAGAUGUAAUUCACAUUAUAGAAGGUAUUAAUAGUAAGAACAAAAUGUUACUUUCUGAUGAUAAAGACCCUCAAACUCAAAAACCAAAUGACAAUCUAUUAGUUGUAAACCCCGAUAUUUUAUUAUCUGCUACUACAAUUGGAACUUCAUUAGACUGCUUUAGAAGAGCCGUUAUUCAAUCCCAAUUUCAAGAUUACAGGGGUGUUCCUAGUAAAGUCAUGUUAAUUGGUAAUAUUGUCCACGAGCUACUGCAGGAAGCUUUGAAACAUAAGUUAAACUAUUUGACAUUAGAAUCCACUUUUUUAGAAACUACUUUGGAUUCUAUUUUAGAGAGUAAUCGGUUUGGAAUAAUCACAUGCAAUUCAAGUGUUGAAGAAUUGAAAGCACAAAUCCUAGAAGAACAAGUUGAAAAUAUUAAAGAUUUUGUUAAUAAAUUUGUAAAAAGUAAACCUAAUACAGCAAGUGUGUGUACAUCAGGUUCUAGAAAGAAAACUUUUAUGUCAAUAUCAAAUAUUAUUGACAUUGAAGAAAAUAUCUGGUCCCCAAACUAUGGUUUAAAAGGUUAUCUAGACGCUACUUUAGAAGUCAAAAUUAACGGUCAAUAUUUUUUAACUCCCUUAGAAAUUAAGACUGGUAAAUCAAAGCAAAAUUCUCACGAAGCACAAGGACUUACUUAUACCUUUCUAUUAAAUGAUAGGUAUGAACUGCCUGUUGAUUUUUUCUUAUUACUCUACACUAGAUAUAACGAUAUUUCAAAAUAUGAUAAAAUUUUGCAUUCAGUAAGACAUGUUUUUAUGUUAAGAAACCAAAUGGCUAAUAAACUUAAAUACCAACUAAAUGAAAUAAAAGACAUGUCUGUUAAUGAUAUGGAAUUACCUCCAAUCCUUAGAGGAUCGGUUUGCGAUAAUUGUUUUGUUAAGCAAGAAUGUAUUACACUUCAUAAAUUGUCAAAAACUGAGAUUUAUGAUAAUAAUGACUUUCGAGACGGUGAAUAUGAUACUUUGACAGGUCAUUUGCUAGAAAAUGAAAUUAAAUAUCGAGAAUUUUUUAAGAAGUAUUAUGAUUUGUUACGUAAAGAGGAAUCAAGUAUGUUGUGGAUGAAUUCUUCGUUAUUUCUAAUUGAUAGUCAAAGAAAAGAAGCAGAAUUUGGGAAUUGUUUAUCCAAUUUAUCCAUUUCAAAAUGUACUAAAGAUGACGAUCAGGAUGGGAGAUAUUUAUAUGAGUUUACUAAAAUGAAUACAGAACACUCAGAUCAUCUAUUUUCUAAUUUUUCUAAAAAUGAGCCAGUGUUUAUAAGCGAUGAGGAAGGUAAUUUUGUUAUAUGCCAGGGUUCUGUAGCUUCUGUCUCAGACACGUUAAUAACCAUUUCAACAAAGAGAAGCAUACUCUAUAACAAAACUAAGAAAAAUCAAGGUAACGCAGGCUUAGCCCGUAGUGUACUUUUACCAAAUAAUUCGAGUGCUGCAUUAUUAGACAUACAAAAUUUAGUGAAGUAUAGAAUUGACAAAAAUGAAAUUAAAUACGGAUUAUCAAUGGUCAGGUAUAAUUUGCUAAAUUUAUUUUUACCUCCAGUUUCUAAAUCUGAUAUAGUAAUCGAUGAAUUAACAGGUAAGGAACGCUUAUUAAAAGCCUCAGAAGGUGGUGAUUAUAAUACAAGGAAAUUCAUUGUUGAUGGAGUAGAACCUAGAUUUAGGAAAAACACUGAACAACCAAUUAUUCAAUAUGAACAACCAAAAGAUUCUACUUUCAAUAAUGACCAACUUAAAGCCAUCGAUAUGAUAACUAGAGCAGAAGAUUAUGCCUUGGUUCUGGGUAUGCCCGGUACAGGAAAAACGACGUUAAUAGCAGAAAUAAUAAGACAUAUUGUAGGUAAUGGUAAGACAGUCUUGUUGACAUCUUAUACACAUUCAGCAGUAGAUAAUGUCUUAUUGAAAAUAAAUACUCUGGAGUCAAAUAUUAUUAGAUUAGGUUCUAAAAAAAGAAUUCAUCCUGGUGUUCAUAAAUAUAUUCCUUCAUAUGAUAAUAUAUCUAACUUCGAAGAGUAUUCGAACUUAAUCAACAACGCAUCAUUAGUUGGUACUACUUGUUUAGGUAUCACUGAUAUCAUGUUCUCGUUGAAAGAACGUGAUUUUGAUUAUGUCAUUUUAGAUGAAGCUAGUCAAGUAUCGUUACCAGUAGCUCUAGGUCCUUUAAGAUAUGGAUCUAAAUUUAUAAUGAUUGGUGAUCAUUUUCAACUGCCUCCUCUUAUAAUCAAUGAAGCAGCUCGUAAAGGAGGGCUUGAUGUAUCCCCUUUUCAAAUUCUGUGUGAGAAGCAUCCUGCUAAUGUCAUUUAUUUGACUUAUCAAUAUAGAAUGUGUGAAGAUAUUGCUAAAUUAUCCAAUUCUAUGAUGUAUGAUGGUCAGUUGAAGUGUGGAACUGAUGCCGUUAGGACUCAAACCUUAAACAUCCCUAAUUCAUCAAGUGUUCAUAAAUUUUAUAAAGAGAAGAGUCAUCCUUGGUUAGAUCACGUUUUAAAAGAACAAAAUAGAGUUCUUCUAUUAAACUAUGACCGCUGUGAAGCUAUCUCAGAAACAGUUGAAAAUAAUAAUAUAAAGAAUCUUGGAGAAGCACAAUUAACAUACGAUUGUGUUAGGUGUUUGAUAGAAACUGGUGUGCCAGUGUCAGAAAUAGGUGUUAUGUCAUUAUACAGGGGACAAAUUAACUGCUUACAAGAUAUUCUAACCAGAGAAAUGUCAAAAGGCCUAGAAAUAUUGACAGCAGAUCAAUUUCAAGGUCGAGAUAAGAAAUGCAUUAUCAUCUCCUUAGUCCGUAGCAAUAAGGAGCAAAAUAGUGGCUCGUUAAUGAAAGAAAUGAGACGUAUUAAUGUUGCUAUGACAAGAGCUAGAUCGAAGUUGAUAAUAAUUGGGUCAAAAAAAAUGAUAAAAUCUGUAAAACAAUUAGAACAUUUCGUCGAAAUAAUUGAGUCUAACAAUUGGUUCUAUGAGCUUCCUGAAAAUUGUUUGGAUAGUUAUGACUUUGGACUAUCAGUAUUCUCAGAGCUUGAAAAAAAAGCAACCAGGAAAUUAGAUACAACCAAUAUCAAGAAAGAUUCGAAACUCCUAGAUUCGAAACCCAUAAUUAAACAAUUCUUAUCAGAAAUAUGA